CGCCCUUUCCUCUCGUGGCUGACGGCCGUAUGGAACGGACGGACGGACGGAUGUCCGUCACGAUUACUCGACGCUUUCGCGCUGCCGCCGACAGUUUCGACGGCGAUAUCGCGCGCGGCUAAUUGCAGCGACGUAACGAUAUUAUUGUCGCUCGUAAUGCGCGAAAAUCGACGUAGCGUGACGAGAGCGGCGCGAGGGUAGGUGGGCUCGCGGGCAGGAGGGAGGACGGAGAGACAGUCGCGUGGAAAGAAUUGUGGAAGCGCAUACGGGCGCGCGCGCGCGCGCGCGCUGCACGCUUGACGCAAUCGCUCCGAUGCCAUACGGGACGACUAUCAGCUGUCUCUGUCCAGUGGUCGCGGUGCUCCAUCUUCCCCUCUCCCCGCGCUCUGCUAUCUCUCGUCCGCCUAUAUCUCGUUUUUUAGCGUCACAUUAUCGCCGUCAUUCUUCCUCGUUGCACCGAAAAUGAGCCUCUUUGUCCGUUUUCAUUUUCCGUUUCGAUUGGUUUCUCGAUAAACGUUGGAAACGAGCCGUCAACAAGCCGCCAGAUAAAAUGCACCUCCCUAGCUGGUAUCCCUCGAUGCAUCGGACUCGCGCAUCAUUCGCCGCUCGCUUUCGGAGCCGUGCUCCGCGGUGCUCCGAUUGGUCCCUUCGAACCUUCCUCUCUGCUCACUCUCGGAGAUCUCGGGGCUGCUCUAGUUUCGUGUUGCUCUUGUGCAGUAGCCGCCGACUGGUUCGCUUCGCGGCCGAUGCUCGUGCUCGUACGCACCUCACCUGAAAUAGCCGUCGUUUCUCUUUAAACGCGAGCCGAACCUGUUCAUUUUUUUACGGUCGGCACGGCACGGCGCGUUUAAUCCCCCCGCUGUAUCGCGGCUCCGCGUUAUUUUGCGCGGAAGUUAAUUGGAGAAUAUCGCGCGCACACAGAUAACGCGGAGAUCUCGUCGACGGAUUUUUUUUUCCUUUACGAGUUAACGUUAAAAGCGGAGAAAUACACGCCGCACGUUAAAUUAUGUAGGUAAUAUUUGCUCGCUCGGUGCGCGUUCUCACCAAGAGAAACUCUUUUUGUUUCUUCUCCUUACGUUUCUUUCUCUCUCUCGCUCAACUUUUCAAACGACACGUUGGAAUGUACGGGGGACGCUUUUUAUGUCGUUUAGCGUAACAGAUCCAACGCGCAACCAAUAAUAACCAAUCCGGCGUUUCUCGCGACGCGACGGGACUACUUUUACGCGCCAGCCCUUUUGAAAUCUUGGCUUUCCUUUUCCCCAUCCUCCAUCCUGAGUUUUUAAUACGCGGUCGCGUCAUCAGAUCGCGUUUAUCAGAUCGCUGCCAUUUGUUGGUGAAACUUUCAUUUUAAAUGUCCACUUGCGACCGUCUUUAAUCUCAGUGAUUGGACGUUCUACAUUUUGUUGAUUUUUUUAUCGCUAGUGGCCAAAUCUAUCGAUAUCGCGUAGUCUUUAUCGAAAAGUAAAUUAUAGUGCUGUAUCGCUGUUUUUGUCCAUUACUUCUUGACUAGAAAGAUAAAAAAAAUUUCUCGUCGUAUCGUUUCCGUUCGAGAUGAGUCAGAAACGAGUCUGACAAUCGAUUUGGAUCGAUUACUUCAAGGAGGAAGGGGCAGGGAAACAUACAUAUAUAUAUUUCUUUACGAAUUCGUGAAAACAACGAUUCAAGUAUGACGCUGCCGCUCGUACAUUAUACGUGAAACAGAGCGAAGUCAAUUCUUUAUCGCGCGAGUAGCAGUGUCCGUGACAGCGUUAAUUCCCGUGUAAUUAAGCGCAGAGCGACCUAGUAUUUGUAUCUGCACUGUAGAUCUAUGUCGUAAGAGCGCGUAGAAUGGAAAAUUUCAGUAGUCAAUAAUAAAUAGCUGUGCGAUAAUAUUUUGUCCGCGGUCUGCUCAGCUCAGUUCAAAGUUCUAGUUUUCAUCUCGAAUGAGCCGCUUAUUUUCCGACAUGUAUUUACACGUAUUUUGCCGGUUGCUCUGAUGCUACGCAUCAAUUAUUCAUUAUUAAUUAUUCAUCAUUAAUUAUCAUUAAUUAAUCUCGCUAAUCUCAUAUCGAUUGUUGAAUUUGGUUCGGGUACGUUAACUCGAUUCGAUUGCCUCGUACGGGAUUACGAUUAUGCUACGUGACUCUCCAGCAUCAUUUUAUCAUUUCCCUUUGCCUGCCCGAAACAUUUACUCGAGACGAAGCUUUAUCAUCGACGAAGAAAUUCUCCUCGCGGGCCGCGAGCGUGACACGCGUGAAAAUAACCGACCUGCUACUCGAAAACUGCGCGGCUACUAGGAAAUCGUCAGCGUCAUCACAGCGCGGGGUCAUCACGCGCGAUAGUCGGCGAGAAGCAACGGUCAAGACCGAGAUCGGCACGAUCGGCACGCCCGCCGCGCGCGCGCGCGGCGCUUUCGGCAUUUAAUUAUAAAGUACUUGCGCUUGCGCGGGGUUAUCGGUAUCGUUACUUGCGAGCGCAAUAUAAUCGUUGCGCAUGAUCACUUCCGUCAUCUCGCAACGGCUCUGCUUUUCCGUUCUGUCUCGAAAAUCGAUUCAUCUCGUCGUAAGCGAGUAAUCUCUCUGCUUGACAUUACGCACUUUACGCAACAGCGAAAGAAAUCUCGAGAUUUGCCGGCGGCAGACUAAAAACGAUCAAGUGAAAUAAUGAUCAAACGAUCAUUGCGUCAUGAAUAAUGAAGUAACGCGUAACUUGUUGAUCGCGCUGCCAGGAUGUAAGGCACGUCACGAAUUUAGAGGAGCAGAAAAGGCUACCAUUCGACUCGCGUCGAAUGAUGAUUGAUAGUAGGGCGAAGAGGGUGGAGGAAGGCGGAGAGCCACUACGUCAAUUAUUAACGUCUGUAGAGACAGUUAUUUCUCCGUACAGGCGAUGAUAAGCGCAAGGGGGAGCUUUCUCCGCUUCGGGCUACACUUUUCGCUGGCGCGACUUCUACACGGUGUCCCACUUGCGUUAUUUGUCAACGAUAGGGUCCCUCGGAGACUCUAUGAUGUUUCCUAGGAAAGGUCAAGGUAGCUACGGCUACUUUCGAGUAGACAGAGAGGAAAUAAAAAUCUUCGACAAGCUAAACUCUUCAAAAAAAAAAAAGAUAAUUGGUCUUGAAUUGAUCUUGAGUCUUUCUUGAAUCUCUUUCGACUGAAAGUUUUAUUUCUGCAUGUUUGAUCGCAGACCGUAAAUAUGAGCUUCCUUGAUUUUUGCUAACGACAAAUCGGCUCUAAGCCAGGGAGCCCGCUGUUAAUCGACGAUGCGGCAAAAGUGGAACACUCUGUAUAGAACGCGACGGCGAACGCACGAUGGACAGUGGCCUUCUGGAAAGUUUCCUUUCCGAAUCGCAUGUAUAUCGCGUCGCGCUGUUGACGUUCUCAAAAGUAUAAGUAAUGAAUAAAAUGCGUACAGGACAUGCGGCGAGUCCCUGUAAAUUAUUCUUAGACGUUUGGUAAUCCGUACUAUCGAUAAGUCGAGAAUGUUAUCACGUUUUCUCUCGCGUAAAGGAAUUGAUUAGAAUCGAUUGACGUUAAUAACGUCACGAGCAGCGACAUUUCCUGCCGAUGGUUCAAAGUCUAACUCGUCGGGCAAAGCCAAAAAUACGCGCUAAAUUACCAAAUUCGGCUGGAGGGUAAUUGCGGUUUGGGAGAGUCUCAUUGCGUCAUCCUGUAGGGACGAGCGAGGCGACCGCGCUUGCUACCUUGCUUGGUAACUUUGACAAACAUCCAGGUAUUCCCCAGUCGAAGUGGCGCGAGUAUUGCAAGGAUAUCAGGGUAUUGCGGUCCGGAAAUAUUUAAUCAUUGUUUAUUUGUAAAAUGUGAGUAAAUUGUAAAAAACAUAUAUUUCGUAAAUAUUUUUUCCAUUUCUUAAUCAAAAAAUAAUUUAAUUUAAUUUCUUAAUUUAAUAAACUCCAAGCAUUACACAGAUAGUAACAUUCAUACGUAGUUACAUAUUUAUGGAAUAUUUGUGGCAAGCAUUCCCGUGAAGGCUGCGAGGUCUUGGUUACAACUAUACGUUUCCGCCUGGCAACCAUUUCCGAAAUAAUUUUCCUCGUUUUUGUCUCGUUAGCGUUUUCGGAUUUCGACCGGAUCAAGGACAACGUGUUGCACGUGUCGUGUCGUGUCGUGUCGUGUCGUGUCGUGUCGUGUCAUGUCAUGCCAUGCCGUGAUGCAUUUGUGCGUUCGCUGCAUUUCGCGGUUGCCACGGUUGCAAGCUUGACCAUCUUGCUCGAUGUGGCGAGACAAUGCCGGACAAAAGAUCGCGGUUCGUUCGCGUACAAUGCUUUCUUUUGUUCCGCUUGAGCGCGCUACUUAAUUGGUGGUCGCGUUAUCUUGCGCGAUAGGGAUGCUCGAAUGAUCACGGGCGACCACCAGGCCUUCACAUUACCAGGAAAUUCUUAGGCGCAACCGCAUAUUGACCUACUUACUUCGUUUCCGUUGAAAACUUUCAUUAGACGUGAGACGGAAGAGAGGAAGGAAUUUAUAAUUUGUUAAUUUUUCGAAAACUAUUUGAUAACGGAAUAAUGUUGCAUAAGAAUGUUGCAUAAGUUGUUUAUUUCAUUAUGACUUUAUUCUCGUUAUGAAAGUAUUAAAGUUGUGUUGCCUGCGUACGUGCCGAUGCAAACGUAUGCUAAUUACUUUAGUUUUUGCCCUGUAUCGUUGCUGGCUACGACCAAAGAUCAUUAUCUGCGUUUCUGUGAAUACCAUCGCUUCUAUCUCGACUACCAUGCUGUCUCUCUCUUCUCGAAAAUUUCAUUUUAGGUUUUUUUUAUUCUGCUAUUGCUACAUUACAAAAGUACGAAGAUGGAAAAUAUGGAUUCAAAUUAUUAUCUUAAUUCCUUCCAUGAAAAUUAUGUUAAAAAUUCACAACUGUAAUUGAAACUCAUCAAAAUACGUAAAAAGUUCAUGUAAAUAAUAAUUUAGAUACCCGAAAAUUUUCGCUCGGUAACUUUGUCAUGUCGCGCGCGUCGUCGAUGAUAGACUAUCGUUAUCGACAUGCAAGAUAACGAUCACUCGAAGCGUCCAGCGUGUUGCAGGAGCAAAAUCGUGUUGCUACCAGGCUUUAGUAUCGUGUGAACCUGUGCGUGAAGGUGGAUCAAACGUCGGCUCGGUGAUAGCAUGCGAGAAGAUGGGGAUGGCGACCCUCGUUGACAACUCCGGAUUUGAACUCUCGACGAAUCAGUGAGCCAGAUCGGCUAUAUUCGAUCAUCUCUGCUGAUGAACCUAAUUUUGGAUUUAGUCUUGUCGAGAUAAAACCGGACGAGGAAAAAGGUUGACCGAGAGAUAUAAUAAAAAAGAUAAGGCGAUAAGAGGAAAAAAAAUUACUACGGUGAUUGUUGUUUCUGAAGAAGAAAGAGAAAGGUGGAAGAAAGGUGGCCGAAGAAAGAAGAGGGUGAAGGAUGGAGAAAGAUGAAAAGAAAGCGAAAAGUGUCGCCAAAGAGUUAAAUGUGAAAAAGAUUGAAUUUUAAUUGAUAGAGGAAGGUGAACGAAGAGACAGUGAAAACGAAAGGCGCAAAAGGGAGGAGAGGAGAAAUAGCGGCGGGAAAACGGAAUUGGAUUUUUCUAUCGCUGAUAAAUCGCUGACGUAAUGUACAAUACGUGUGCUGAAUAUAAAGAUAAGCGAGUUUGGAAAGCAAGAAGACGCAGUAAGUAAGCAAAGAGAAGGAGGAACGGAGGAAGAUAAGGAGAACAUAGACAGAUCCAUUUAUAAAGAUCCAUUUAUAAAAUAAAAUUAGGACGAGGUUUUAUUUUUCGCCCGCCUGCGCCUCGUGUCACCAUGAAAUUCUUGACGUCACGUGGAUCAGGCAUGACCAAGAUAAAGUUUUAGCGAUAAAGUGGCAAAACUGAGCAGCUACCAUUUAUUUCAAAAUUGGAAUAAGAGGCAAAAAGUAGAGAGAGAGAGAGAGAAAGGGAGAAGGAAAGAUAUAAAGAGAGAAGGUAAAAAUACAUGAAACUUGGUUACCUAAGAAUAGAUAGAAGACACUUGCAGAUAAAACCUAGGACGUCGAACUACCGGAAAUAUGUACGUUGUCACGCGGAUUAAUGGUGAACUAAUUAGAGACUAGAAAAAAUAAUUGUUUUAGUGAAACAAACUCUCGGCUCAGAAAACAAAGAGAAGAAUAUAAGUAGAGGAAAGAAGACAGAAAAGAGCGCAAUUAAUACGCGGAAAUUCUUUAAUUUAGUCCAGACUUUACGAGGAGAUGAACGCGCGUUUGUACCAAGCAACGAGAGGAGGAGAAGGAGAAGCCGGUAGAGAGAUAGAGGAAAAAGGAGGAGGCGUCAUUCUGGGAGAUGGUCGUCAACGGCCGGGUCGUUGCUCGGAUCCGCGUGACGACAAUUGGAUCGGUAAGACAUCGCAGGGUUACGCAGCUUUCGACGGGCGUCACAUGACGGCAGGAAGCGGAAUCGAUUUUACGUCACGCGAAUUAUCGAAUCUGCCACCGCCGUUGCCACAUAGUGCGACGACCGUGCCUAGCAACAUGGACAUCUUGCCUGGCAAUAUUGCCGCUCCCUUUUCCAACAUUACGUUGCACAUUAGUGAUAAUACUGGACCGCGAGCUCGUGAUAUCGAGAUGCCAAUACCUCGUACGAACACGACGAUAAGACCCUCGUAUGCGCCCGGUAAUAGUUGCAACGCGCUAGCGUGCAAUAUUGCGCCAGUAUUGGGCAAUAACGGGCCAAUACUGUGCAAUAAUGGGCCAAUAUCAUGCAAUAUUGCGCCAGCGCCGUGCAUUAUUACUCCGACGAGCGCAAAUUGCGACAAUACACAGGCAACAUUACCGCGCAAUUCUGUUAACUUGCUCGCUCCGCAGUUGGAAACUUGCGGCAGCAGUACGACGAUCUCGAAGAACUGUCAGCUGGGUCCCGUCGACGUCGAAGAUCUCGCGAUGUAUUUCGACUCGUCGGCGGACAGUACUAAGUCGUUCCCGACGAGCAACCGUGCGAUCCAUACCAGAAGAUCGAAACAGGGGGCGAGGAUGGAUCAGACUCGACAGGACCGACGCGAUCGUUUCGACGCAGCAUCGACCUGCGAUCCGGAUCUCUAUAGCUUACGUCCUUGCGGCAACUUGGAGUCUGGCGAUCUAGGGUCUGAGAAUCCGCAGUUCUCUAGCGACCUAGCGGCCAAUGAUCCACAAACUUACGGUCCACGAAACGCGGGAUCUGGAAAUCUGAUGGAAUAUAGCGAAGUGAUGAGCAGUCUACGGCCUUGCGAGGAUCUGGAGUUCAGUAACAACUUGGGAUUCGGUCAUCCAUGUUCCUGCAACUUCGUUGAUCCGGGAGGAUUCAACAAUCUGCGACCCUGUGACGUCGAGCCUCCUCGCGAGGCCCGUGAACCGGGCCGAAGUGAUCUAGGACAGAGCUCGGAGUCAGGCAGUUGGUUCUGCAAUAAUUGUCCGGAACUGUUCAACUAUUGCAGCGAGGAGCGGUGGUUGCAGUGCCCGGCAAGCGAUCGGUGCCCCCUUUACGACACUUCGUACACUUAUGGCGCGUCUGUUUUGCCGCCGUGCAUGUACGAGAAUCUGCACCCUAGCUACAAUGAUAACUGUUAUUACCACUACACGGAAGAUGAGCAGCUCCUCGAGGAUUAUUUGAGCAACGAGAAGAGGAAGGAGAGAUCUCGGGAUGCUGCCCGCUGUAGACGUAGCCGGGAGACCGACAUCUUCGCUGAGCUCGCGGCCGCGCUUCCGAUUGCACCGGAACAGGCAGUGCACUUGGAUAAGGCCAGCGUGAUGAGAUUGGCGAUUGCUUAUCUGAAAGUCCGGGCCGUUGUGGACUCCAUUCCAGUUUCACUGGCGAAGUCCGAGUCGUCGUCCGCAGAGAUGGAUGAAUUAUUUCCAAAGGCUCUCAACGGCUUUAUAUUAGUGCUCUCCAGUGACGGCAAUAUGAUCUACCUCUCGGAGAACGUCAGCGAUUACCUCGGAGUAUCACAAAUGGACAUGAUGGGACAAAGUGUGUAUGAAUACAGCCACCCCUGCGACCACGACGAGUUACGCGAGUGCCUUUCUCUGAAACCGACAGAUAACGGUGAGGAGCGUACCUGCAGCUUCUUCUUGCGGCUCAAAUGCACUCUCACCAGCAAGGGUAGGAAGGUGAAUCUGAAGAGCGCCUCCUACAAGGUGAUUCACUGCACCGGCAGGCUAGUGAAUAUUCGUGACUCGAAUUCGAACACCAUGGAGGUGGACGACGAGGAACGAGAGAAGGAGGACGAGUCCUCCGCGGAGUGCGACACCGGCGCUUCUCUGAUACUCGUGGGCUGUCCGAUCCCGCAUCCCAGCAAUAUCGAGAUACCCCUGGGACGUCACACCUUCCUGUCGAAGCACAACCUCAACAUGAAGUUCACAUACGCCGACGAGAAGUUGGCCGAGUACUUGGGCUGGAACAGCGAGGAGCUGAUAGAUCGGUCGGUCUUCGAGUUCUACCACGCGCUCGACAAUCCGGCGUUGGACAAGUGCUUCAAGUGCUUGUUCAGCAAGGGCCAGUGCGAGACCGUGGCGUACAGAUUCCUCGGCAAAAGGGGCGGCUACGCCUGGGUCGUCACUCAGGCCACCCUCAUCCACUGCUCCAAGCAGCAGAAGCCGAUCUCCGUUGUCUGCGUCAACUACGUGUUAAGUGAGGUCGAGCACGAGGAUGAGGUGUACAGCGUACGCCAGUUGGCCGCACGUGACAGCGGCGUCGAUCUGGUGAAGUCUGAGAGGACGUUGCCGGCUCUGGUGCCGAUCGAGGGCGCUGGACCAGUGGACUCGACGAGGCAAGUGGUGCUGGACGAGGAAGUUCCUGGAGAAGACGCCGCGAACUCGAGCGUCGACGACGAGUCGAAGGGCGAGGAUCGGCCACUGGCCGUUACCGCCUCGAUCUUCCAUUCGGCCGGCGGAAAGGACGAGCAAGAACGCAAGGACGGCUCAGGGCAGGACAACGUCUUGCCGAGACCGAUUCAGGAGAAGGCGUUUGUUCAGGCCCUCAAAGAGUCUCUCGAGGAAUCGAUCAAGGAAUCCCUGAAGGAGAACGACGAGCCGGCACCCGGAAAGCGACAGAAUUGUCGAUCGCUCGCGAGGACGCCCUUCGUGUUCCAGGGUAAACCGGCGGUGGAGCGCGAUUCUUCGGGUAGCAUUGGAUGCCGUGAUCAACCGCAGGCUGUUACGAGACAUUUGUUUGCACCACUCCCACUCACCGUACAACAACAGCAGCAGCAACAACAGCAAGAGCAACCGCAACUAUCUUGUCGACCGUCACCGCAGACGGCCACGGCAAGCAUCUUCGCGCCUCGCACCGAGGACAUGAACAAGGGCUUCUUGACUUUCAGCGAGGAUCAGCCGGGUCUCACCAUGUUAAAAGACGAGCCGGAGGACCUGACACAUCUUGCGCCCACGGCCGGCGACGUGUGUGUACCCCUGGAAGACACUCCCUUCCUGUCAGAUAUGUUGGACCAGUUUAUCUUCGGCAACGACAAUUACGGCUGUCCCCUGCUGAGCCCGGGCGACACCCUGACACCGGAACUGCGCUCCGCGGAUCUCUCAGAGUCCCUAAAGGACGCAGAUUUAGUGGAUACCGGCAGGACCAAAGACGCGGCCGAUCGUCUGGCUGACAGUGACCCUUUCAUGUACGGCGACUCGCCCGGAAGCCCGUGCAGCAUCGACCCGAGUACAGUUUCACCGUCUCUUUCGAAAUACCAGCAGAGUCCUGAGCGCAGCGUGGACUCGUUAGACAGUCCUACAGGAGGUAGCGGCGGCGACGGGCUCUCUGAAGAUGAGAUGCUGAUGCUAGGUAUCAGCGACAGUGUAGGAGACGACGAGAUGGCCCUCAGAGCACCGUACAUCCCGAUGUCGGACCAAGACGAAGCACUGGAACUGCUUAUCAGCGAGGACAUGGUCAUGUGGGACUCGCCGCAAUCCGUUGACAAAGGGUCCUCGAAAUGGCUACUCGACGAUCGAGAGCAACGUGGAUCCGAGUCCACUCUGGCGCAGAUGUUACGAACCGACCAAAUGAUACUGCGGCAAUACAACGAUCACGGCGGAGGUCUAAUGAAUCCGACGCAGAUCCUCGGGCAGACAUCCAAAAAACACGCAAUUUUCGAAUCCGAUCGGUGGUCCUGCAACCAGGAACGAACCGACCGACCCAGUAAUAAGCGCCUCCAUCCCGGAAUCCAUACAGACUCCGCGAGCAAGCGUCUCAAGUGCGAAGGCUCGCUUUUCGAGCGCAUAAACCUCGAGGACCCUCUGCUGACGAGGCAGCAGCGAUCACCGACGACGCUCCACAAGAAAUCCGCACCGAUUUUCGGCAGCUCCGCCUACGGCAGUCAACUGCUGCGUCGUCUGGUUUCGUCGCAGACGUCGAGCGUCACGUCGCACGCGGUCUCCUCAUCGAACGACGGCGGCGGCGACGGCAAACGUCGCCACGACAUUCCAGAGCAGCGCAGCCGUGUCCUCGACGACAUCAUCGACCUCGCCGAGGCGGAGGGUGACCGCGGUGGGGGAGGAGGCGGGGGCAGAAGCCACGGAGACAGCCUGAACAAAUUCGAUGCGAUCAGCCGGAGGAAGUGGUCGUGCGGCGCCGGCGCCGGUGGAAGCAGCGUGCUAAUGAAUCUCCUGGUUUCCGGCUGCGACGAUCCCCUGAUGAAUUCCCGCAACGUGCCAACACUGUCAUCGAGGAACCUGACGUCCCCGCUGUCCGUCAACGUGGACAACCAGAUGGUACCGCAAUGCGCGAGCAAGAAUAACGUCACGUCUCUGCCCGAUCAUCUCAGCCCGGACACCAGGAAACACCUGAUCGGGCCGUUCACCGGCGGAGGAACGACUCCGAUAGUCUCGCCGACGACGUCCGUGAUGGCGUCGUUCGACAGCUUCGACUACGACGAGUCCGCAGGCCUGUUGCAAGUGGGGUCGGAUCUCCUCGGGAGCCUGCUCGACCGAGGUCUGGUGUGACUUAGCGGACGCGAUUUGAGCGAUUAAUCGGAGAAAUUAGAAGCUGGAUACCGGUUCGUGCGCUCUCCUCCGCAAAUAGGAUUUUAUUUUAAGUUUCCCCUCGCCCGUCCUCGUUUUGUAAUGCGUUGCGAUGUAACGUCAUGAUUUGUAUACGAUUGUUGGAUAAAUCAAUCUUGAUAAUUGAUAAAUAAAUUGUAUUUCGACGUUGCGGAGGUACUCAUGUCGCAGUCGAAGGCUGCUUUAUUCAUGAACCAAUAGUUUGGAAAAUGCUUGCAACUCCGACUCUUUAUCAGCGAAUGAAGAUCGCUGCUCAAUCAAUUCGGUUAUUACACUCACUUAUAUUUUAAUCGCUGUUAUUAUUAAUCCACUCGUGGAACUCCGUUCCAGCCAUCUGUUUAGCAGUUAAUACAUACGAGUAAUGGUAAAACAAAUUGGCAAAUUGAUUGAAAUGUAGUAAAUGUAGCGCACAACGAAUUUUAAAUCUGCUUCUAGUUUCUACGUUCAAAUGGUCAUUUAAUUUCUGGUGUUCUUCGUAACGGCACUAUCCUUCGGCCCCUCCACGUGCUGCCGGUUUCGAAUGUUUCAC